CUUAUUCUUUCCUCUUCCUUAAAACUUUCAUACUAACAAUGGAAAUAAAUAGAGUAGAUCAAGAAUAAAAAACAUGUGAAUUAUGAAUAAGAAAGAGAUGGAAAGCGAACUUGGCUUCUUGGUUUCUGUUCUCAUCAUAUGUGCAGACAUUACAGCUGCAGUCCUCGGGAUAGAAGCUGAGAUUGCUCAGAGCAAGCAGCAACAUCAUCAUGCUCGUCAACAACAUUCAAGACAUACAGGAUGUCCAAGAAGCCCAAGCUCUGGAGCUUUUGCUGAGGGAGUAGCUGCAAUGGUGCUACUGUCUAUCGUCCAUGUCACAGCCAAUGUGCUUGGAGGCUGCACGUACAUUCGCUCUAAGCAAGAUUUCACGAGAGCAACGGCCAACAAGAUUCUCGCAGUAGCUCUCCUUGUUAUCUCCUGGAUCUUCUUUGCUGUCAGCUACUCAACGCUGAUGUUAGCAACAUUGGCCAACUCGAGAUCGAAUAGAUUCUGCAGCUUGCCUCAUCGUUGGCUCUUUCUUAUUGGAGGCAUAUUUUGUCUCGGACAUGGACUGGUGACUUCAGGAUACUAUGUUUCAGCCAUUGCUGCUAAGAAAGAAGACAAAGAGAAUGUGCAACCAGCAAAUACAAGCAGCGCAUAACACGGCUGAGUAUGAUUCGUGAUUGUAUCAAAUUAACAUCAUAACAUUUAAAUAGCUUCACUUUUAGUUAAGAACUUGAAUCAUUGAUAUUAAUAAAUCCGCAAAUAUUCCAAAA